AGUCAGCUGACUGGGCUCUGUUGUCAUGUCUUACUUAAGCCGAUUAAGGUUUAGUUUCUUAAAGGUAGCAAAAAAGGGGGAGGGGAGUAUAUCAAGGACCGUGGACAUUAUUUCUUGCAGACAAUUGUCUGCUUUUGUUUAAUCACACCGGUGGUUCGAUAAAAGGAUCGCCUGAUGCCAAAUGAGAGAGGUGAAUGGCUAACUUCGUGUAAGACGGGUUUUACUUGAUUUGAUCGCUGGAUGGCGCCAAGAUCACACAACAGAGUCUGCGCAGUCAACCCACGUGUUUGGGAGCUUCCUUGUUGAAGCGUCGUCCUCGUCAACACGCUGAACGAGCUGUUUUGAAGUGUUUCUAAACUAUGGAUGAGUUACCUGCGGACCUAAGAGAGUUUCUCCUGAAUCACCCCUUUCUUCAGCCCACAGUCGGUAAAAAGAUCAAAUGUACUCUAAAUGGCCACGAGAUUCCCUGCAAAUUGGCCGAGCUGCAGAAGUUCACUGAGGGGAAGAAAUAUGAGAAACUGAGUGCUGCAGCAGAGUUCAACUACAGCCAGUAUGAGCCACACAUCGUACCAAGCACAAAGCAACCCAAUCAGCUCUUCUGUAAGCUGACCCUUCGACAUCUCAACCGGCAGCCGCACCACGUCUUAAGACACGUCAACGGAAAACGCUUCAAGAAAGCCCUCUCUAAAUAUGAAGAAUGUGUGAAGCAGGGGAUUGAAUUCGUUCCAACCAGACUGACGCAGAAAAGGCCCAGAGCCACUGAAGAGGAGGGCGGUCGAGGAAACCUUUCCAAGCAUUCAAGCAGCACGUGGGAACCCUCAUCCAGUGAUGACGGUCAUAGUGACUCUGAGGACAGCAUGAGCGACCUCUACCCCCCCUCCAUUUUCACUUUGAAAAACCAAGCAGAAGAAAGCAUGGAGGACGGAAAGAAAGAGGAGGAAGAUGACUUUCAGACAGAUGAGGAUGAAGAAAUGGAGGUUGAAAAGCAGGUGGUGCAGAAACGCAAAAAGGCUCAGGGUGGUGGAUUUCAUAAGAAACAAAGAAAUAACAGCUGGAGAUCAAGCAAAAUGAAAAAGAAACACAGAAAAGCCCAAAAUGGAAAGUAAAAUCCAAACCCCCAUAUGAAGAGUAUUUUUAUAUACCCUGCCACGACAUCUAGUUUGAAGUGUUAUUCCUGUGUCAGAAUUAGCCUGUGACCCUUCAACAUCUAUUACGUGAGGAUGUUUUUGGUUCCUGAGCUCUACUGGUCCCACAAAGGCUGAUUUACAUGACGCAUAGAAAAUGUGUUUAAAAGUUGCUUUGGACUGGAUAAAGUGUGUUUUCUGGUUUGCAUUUAACUGCACUAGUGUAUAAUAUAACUCUGUUUGAAUUUG